AUGAACGACCCGCCAGUCUACGCCGACGAGAGGGUGAACAUGGAAGAAUACAAGAACUCUGUGCCCUGGUGGAAGAGAGCAUACCAAGACAGUUUCACACAGAUGAUGCUUCUUUCCAUGCAAAGUUUCUGUGGUCCUGCCAUGGCAGAUGCAAUUGCAGGUCUUGGUGGUGGUGGCCUUGCUUCAGCACAAACAAACAACAUCGCCAACGCCAUCAACUACGUUAUGCUCGCACUGGUCUGCUUUCUCGGUGGACCUCUUGUAAACAAGCUCGGUGUCAAGUGGUCGCUAGUCAUUGGCGCUAUCUCGUUUCCCAUCCAAGGCUCUUCGUACUACUGCAACAGCAAGUUCGGCAACCAAUGGUACAUCAUCUUCGGUGGAUUCAUCUCGGGAAUUGGCACAGGAGUACGUACAGUUGCGGUGUGCCCUCCUCCACGUGCUCGUGGCAAGUAUCUGGCGUUCUGGAUUGUCGCUCGUAACCUGGGACAAUUGGUCGGAGGCGCCAUCAACCUCUCGAAGAACCAUGUAAAGGGUGCUGAAGCCGGCGUCACACCUGAUACCUACGUCGCUUUCUUGAUCAUCGAGUGUCUUGCACUUCCCUUCGCCCUGAUGAUCUCUCCUCUCGAACGCGUCGUCCGAUCGGACGGUACUCGUAUCUUGGUUUCUGAGAGGGUUGGAACAAAGCAGGAAUUCAAGCUCAUCAAGACUACCAUGGCCUCCAGUCUUAUCGUCUUUUCGGCAGCCUGGGCCAUGUGGUCAUUCUUCGUGAGCACUCCCCACUUUCUCAUGUUAUGA